AUGGACGAGGAGGCGUUGCGUGCGAUGCUGCCGAUGGGCUUCGGCAAGCAGGCGCCACGCAAAGGCAAGGCGUCCAUCGAAAUUGCGCCGGAACCUCAAGAGGAAUACGAUAGUGCAGAAGAAAGCGACGGGCCUGGCGCGUUUCCGCAGGUGCCGUCGACGCGCCCCGCACCCCAAGCUGCGCCUGUGCCGGAGCUGGAGCCUGAGGCGGAGCCUACGCCCGCGCCCGCACCUGUGCACGAGCUGUCGGACGAGGAGCAAGAGGCGACACGCAAGCGUGCGCGCCACGACCCUGCAGAGCUCGGCGUGGGACGUACGCUCGAGUACGCCGGCCUUCCGUUGGAGCACAAUGUCUCCCUAAAGGAUCAUACCAAGACCAUCUCUGCGUUGGCCGUCGAUCCCUCUGGCACGCGUGUCGCCACCGGCUCGCACGACUACGAGGUCAAGCUCUGGGACUUUGGCGGUAUGACGCAGUCCUUCCGCCCAUUCCGCACCUGGGAGCCUGCGGAGAAUUAUCCGGUGGUCCAGCUCGAUUUUUCGCCAAUCUCGCGCAACCUGCUCUGUGUGAAUGCGACGACACAGCCCCGUGUAUACGACUACCAAGGCGACGAGCUCGCCGUGUACCGCAAAGGCGACGUCUUUAUGCGCGACAUGAAACACACCACCGGGCACGUCACUGAGGCGACGUGUGGCGCGUGGCACCCUACCGAUACCAAUACCUUUAUGACCGGCGGAUCUGACAGCACGAUCCGUGUCUGGGACAUUGACUUUUUGGCGAGUCAAAAGAUUGUGAUUGUGGUGCGGUCCAAAGAGCGCGGUACCAAGACCAAAGUGACGGCCGCCACUUACACGCCCGAUGCGCGUGCGAUUGUGGCUGCGUGCCAGGACGGUGCGCUGCACAUGUGGUCGACGAGUGGGAGCUAUGCGCGCCCGUCUGCAACGGUCGAGCGUGCGCAUGCGAACCACGCUGGCGCGUCGGGUCUCGCGGUGGCGUCGGACAGUGUCACGGUCGCAUCGCGUGGCAUGGAUGAUACUGUGAAGUUGUGGGACCUGCGCAGCCUCAAGCGCCCAGUCGCGGUGCAGGAGAAUGUGCCGUGCAGCAGCGAGCACUGCGAGGUGGUCUUUUCGCCGAACAAUGAGCACGUCGUCACCGGCACCGCCGCGAUUCCCCGGCAGGCCAAGGCGACCGCAACGCCGGACGACCCGGCCGACCUGCUGAGCGAGUGGGGCCAGCUGGCGGUGUUCUCGGGCAAGGAUCUCGCCCAGGAGCUCGUGCAUCCCGUGGACCGCUCGAGCGUGACGCGCCUCUGCUGGCAGCCGCGCAUCAACCAAGUCCUUGCCGCGACGCGUGCUGGCGCCGUGCAUGUAUACUAUGACGAUGAGGCGUCGCAGCUCGGCGCCAAGCUCGGUGUGAAGCGUCGCGACAAGGUCCGUGCGAAUCCGUUCGGCAUCGAGCAGCUGGCCAACGGCCACGCGCCCGAUGUGCCCAUCUUUAUGCCCGACGACGAGGACGCGGUAUUCGAGACGGACGAGCAGCGUAUCCACAAGCUGCGCCGCGACCCCGUCAAGACCAAGCUGCCGCAGAUGCCGGUGCGUGGCCAGGGCCGUGGCGGACGUAUCGGUACCUCGGAGACGACGCAUCUCAUCAAGGACAUGUACCUCGACCAGGCACAGCUGCGUAUGCAGGACCCCCGCGAGGCGCUGCUCAAGUAUGCCGACAAGGCCGAAAAAGACCCGCGCUGGACCUCGAUCUACGCCAAGACGCAGCCCAAGACCAUCUAUUCCAAAGAGACGGGCGACGAGGAGUAG